AUGUCCAGGAGCGCGUUCAAGAGGAUCAGACUACCAAAGCACUCCCGCCCCGCCGCCCUCCCCCGCCCUCACCGCCUCCACACCUCCGCCCCCCGCUGUCUUGCUGGCACCUUCUCUCCCUCCGACAUCUGGGACUAUGAAGUUAGCGGGAACAACCCAGGACAGGUCAUCAUCGCCUCCAAGCUUGGCGACCUCAGGCGCGUACUCCUCAUCCGCCCGCGUCCCGAGCCCAAUCGCGUGUGGGGUUCCUACCUCGACCUACUCACGUUCCUAGAACCGACAAGCGUCCCGCUGGAGGUGCACCAGGCUGUCCUCCGAUAUUGUACCCCACCCGCCGCCGACCUCCGCCUGAAGGUCGCGCGGUCGAUGAACUGGGAUCCAAUGCGGCAGGGACCACACUUGCACGAGACGCGCUUCCAAGCAGUCAUCCGCAAUAUCCGUUCCUCGGGCUGCUGUCCCACCCUGGAGGACUACCACUUUGUGCUCGAGCAGUUUGCCGCGGUGGGUCAUCAUCUAGGUGCCAUGCAGGUUCUGAACGAGAUGUCGCGUGUGGGUCUGCAAAAGACGCCAAAGACGUACGGGCUGUGUUUGCAGGCUCUUUGCCACCGGCUGACCUUGCCUUGCUGGGACGUCCUGCGGCCACAAGUGGUCUCUGAUGUGACCCGUCUGUCAGUUAAGCUGCUCAGGGAGAUGGAAGCACUCCAUAUUCCGUUUACAUCCCUCAAUGUUGAUUUGGCCAUCCGCAUAAUGAAAGAGACGUUAGAUCUAGACGGUUUCGCGAAGCUGAUGAAGGGAGCGUACGGCAUCGACCUAUCGUACCCCGACCGUCCCCCUCUGGAGCUCUGGGACAAGGCCACGGGCCGUUCCAAGAGCAUAAUCUUUGCAGACGGUUCGACUGCGCCGGAUCCCAUGCCAUUCUCGACUGCAGCUCUCAACACCGCUAUCGACAUGCUCGGUCGCCUCGGCGAGGUGUCUAAGCUCGUGCAGACGUUCGAGGUGCUGACUACCCCCCUUCCGCCACAAUCUCAAAACGCUGCUGCCACGUUCGAUGAAGACGAAGACGACGAGUUUGGUUACUCAAAUCCCCGUGUUGCUCCAUAUCCGGUGCCAAGCGCAGAGCCGAACACCAGCUCUUACCACAUGUUGCUCAAGUGGAUCUCCCGAGCUGGGAACGCUUCUCUGGCACGGCAUUACCUUCUACAGGCGAUAAAUCUGGACAAGCGGGUGAACAGGCAACUGCGACGUGACUGUCUGACCAAGCCGCGCGAGGAGCUCAUACAGCCCACGUUUGGGGUAAACCGAAGCAUGCUCGUCGCCGUAUUCGGUCUUUCCAACCGUGAUAAAAAUCUCGAGCUGAUGCGCUGGGUCCGUGGGAGGAUCGCACAGGUGGCUCACUGGAAAGAAAAUAAUCUCCAGUUCUACAAAGCCGUGCGUGAUCGCUGGUCAGCAGAAGAAUCAGGAGAUGGGUCAGAAGAAUCACUGGAUCGUUCUCUCAGUGACCCCGAGUCAGAGCCUCAAGCAUCAAAUCCCGCUUCGAUACCUCCAAUAUCCGACCCUUCUCCGUAUGACUCCCAGACAUUGGGUAUCGCCUCGACAUCGCCAGAGGGUACCUUUCCCUCCCCAGAACACUCCGCGUUGCAUGCUGCCUCAGCAUCUCUAGGUGCUACCCCCCCUGCUCCAGACCCCCACGCAGGCGAGCCUGCUCCUGCCUCAUUAACGACUGAGCAUCUUUCGACUGAUACCGUUGUCAACGCUGAGAGUGCAGACCCUACUGUGUCGCCCGCGGCAUUUUCGACCUUCUUUAGUCCUUCUACCGCCUCCGAAGAGGCUGUCAACAAAACGAUCAAUGUCCCCCGGAUGCCCUACUUCGACGUCGACCUCGACGCACAUGACCCAGCGCCGUCUUUCCGUCCGAAGCCGUUGGACAUGGACGUCCACAUUGAGAUCCUAGAGCGCGAGGUGCGGGCGCUGCAACAGCUGCGCGCACACGUGGUGGACAUCGUGGGCAGGACGACACAGCGCGUGAAGGAGCGGCUGGGCCGCAGGGUGUGGGCAGGAAAAGAUGUUUAUUUGCGCGAUAAAGGAACGCGAAUUUUCAUCGCGCGGGACGAGUGGCGGCGGAAGGUCAACUUUAGCCCGAGGAGCGCGGUCCUUGCGCGGAGCCGGCUGGUGGCACCGUCUGCAACGUCCCCCGCGAAGGACUCGGCGCCGCACCUGCGCCCUGGGUCUGUCGCUACCACACGCGGGCUGAUGACCUCUGCCGCAGAUUUUUACCCUGUCUCGUGGUCAGAUUGCUGUAGCAGCGGCAAUGUGUCAUGA